AUGUCAUUCAAAAGAACUAUCCAGCAAUCAAAGCCACUACAGUCGCUAUUGGUAUUGGGUGGUUGUUUUAUCAUCUUUAUAUGUUACUAUUCAAACAUAUUUAGUUUUUUGUCAGGUUCAUCAUCAACCUAUACACCGGAGGAGAUCAAUACUUUGUUGCAAAACAAGGAGUCGCAUAUAGUUGCAUUGAGAAAGACCGAAUUAGCUGCACAAGGCUUGACCAAACCAUACCUAGAUGACAGUCAUUUUCAUGUCAAGAAUUGGAAUCUCAAUGGGCAUCCACUCGUGGAAAACAAUGAGUACAUAAGAUUGACCUCUUUGGUCCCUCACUCUGCCUCCAAUAUGUUUAGUAAAAUGCCUAUACAGGCAGAGUCUUUUGAAAUGGAGUUGACUUUCCAUAUUCACAACAGCGAAGCCAAACAUGGUUUGGUAGGUGAUGGCUUGGCUGUGUGGAUUUUAGAUAGACCUAGUGAAAUCGGUGAUGUAUUUGGUGUUCGUAAUGAGUUCAACGGGCUUGGAAUUAUGAUGGACACAUACAAAAAUGGAAAGCGUGAUACGUUUCCGUAUGUGAAUUUAAUGAUGGGAGACGGACGAUCUCGCUAUAACAAGGCUACUGAUGGAUAUGAGACUCGUUUGGCAGGGUGUCUGGCCAAGGGACUUGUGAACCCAUCUUCAAAGGAAACCAAAAUGAGAUUGGUAUAUAUCAAAAACGGAUACUUGUCCAUUGAUUUCAAUUAUAACGGUAAACAUGAAGAUUGGGAAAACUGUGUGACGUUAACUGACGUUCAAUUGCCCAUGAUCAAAUUCCUCGGUUUAAGUGCUGAAACUGGUCAAUUAUUUGAAAAUGUUGAUAUAAUAGAAAAUAAAAUGUACGCCUUGUACAAGCCCAAUGGCGGAUUCGUCGAAUCUAUCGACGAGUUGAACGACUUGAUCCACGAGCAAAAUGAGUUCGAGCAUGAGGCUGCCAAUUUAGCAGGCAUCAAUGACCAAGUGAACCAGCAGGCGAAGAAGUCUGGUGGUCGAAAUAGGGCGUUUAAGAAGAAAUUGUCUGCACAACGUCGAAGGACAUUGAAACGAUUAAAGAAUGCUGAAAAGAGGAUAAAGGAAAGAGAAAGAAAAGAAAGGUUGGAAAAGUAUGGUGAUCCGGAUGCAACUUUUAUCAAGAGAUUAAUGGGUAGUACGUUGUGGUUCGUCAAGAUUGUCAUUUACACGGUCAUUGCAACCAUUUUGCUUUGGUUUGUAUGGAUUGUCAUUCGAGUUCAAAAGCAGAGGAGAAAGAAGAAAACUGCUGGUUUAUUAGAUUAA